GCCGCCGCCGCCGCCGCCACCGCGGGGAUCCCACACCCCACUCGCAAGCCCCGGAAGAUGGGGAACUGCCUCAAGUCCCCGACCUCCGAUGACAUCUCGCUGCUGCACGAGUCGCAGUCCGACCGGGCUAGCUUUGGCGAGGGCACGGAGCCCGAUCAGGAGCCGCCGCCGCCAUAUCAGGAGCAAGUUCCAGUUCCAGUCUAUCAUCCAACACCUAGCCAGACUCGGCUAGCAACUCAGCUGACGGAAGAGGAGCAGAUUAGAAUAGCUCAGAGAAUAGGCCUUAUCCAGCACCUGCCUAAGGGCGUCUACGACCCUGGAAGAGAUGGGUCAGAAAAGAAGAUCCGAGAGUGUGUGAUCUGCAUGAUGGACUUUGUCUACGGAGACCCGAUCCGAUUCCUGCCGUGCAUGCACAUCUACCACCUGGACUGCAUAGACGACUGGUUGAUGAGGUCCUUCACGUGUCCCUCCUGCAUGGAGCCGGUGGACGCAGCCCUGCUUUCCUCCUAUGAGACUAACUGAGCCAGGGCGCCUCGUCUGACCUGAAGUGAACCAUCGCUUGGGGUGGUUUUGAUCUUUUGUCACUGAGCCCAAGGAGCAGGGAUUAGGAGCUAAAAUCAUGACAGAAGCUUCCCACGAGUUCCUGGACGGCUGCAGAUAUCGAGGAAAGUAUGUAAGGUUUUAGAAACUUUGGGGGGAAAGUAGGAUGAUAUUUUUAUGUAAAGCCUUGACCCAGUGUUUAAAAAUAUAAUUGUGUUUAGAUCUUGUUGUUGCUCCAGUACAUAGGAAUUGUGCAAAGUGUUACAGCAGCUGUCUAUGUUUAAAUUGUGUAUGUUGAAGAUUAGGAAAAAAAAAAAAGUAGUAGUUAUUUUUUCCUAAAUGAGAUAAGUUUCUUCUCUCUUCCACCUAAAUUCUUUUCUGAAGUUACCGGCAUUUGGGUCAAGGUUUUAUUAAACGCUACAUUUUAUAACACUGGCACAAAAAAAAGUAGUUUUAAGCUUGUUUGCACAGUUCUUUUUUUCCAUUGGAAAUGGAAUUCAUUGCCUUAGGUCUUUUUAAAUAGUGUUAUAUUAUCGUUGGGGCUGGCUCUAUGCUUGAAAACCAGUUUAUUUAUAACCUGUUGUGAGUGCUAUAUUCUGUUUGCAGUUAGGAAAUGCAGAAUUCAAAGUGAUCUCCUAGCUUGUAAGCAAACUGAGAUGCACUAUAUCCCUUUCUAUUAAAAAAAAAUCAGUUAAUGUGUCAGGAAACCAACUCCAGCAAAGUGGGUUUCAUGUUACCCUUUCCUUAUGUAUUUUAUCCUUUUCGUUAAUAUGGUGAUAAUUGAAAGUCAAGAUAAAUUUUAAAUAUUACGAAUGUGAUUUAUUGAGCUCAAAUUAUACUACAGUGCUUAUGUAAAAAUGAAGGUGGCACCAUGGUGAGACUUAGCAAGGAGUAGCUUCUCGGGUACAAUAAUUUUGAUUCUUUCCCAUGACCUCUUUCCCUGAUGUCUUGAACCAUAGCAGAAGGCUGCUGGCCUCUCGUUACUGUGGAGCCGAGGUCAUUGAAGUGACAUAUCUUGGUCUUUGGUUCUUGGAGAGGCAUCUGUGAAGUCCUGCGAGGUGACUGAGCAAAUACAGGCAAACGUGGUUCAUGCCUUACAUACACAGGCAGCAGAGUUUGUAUCACCACAUAACUUCAUAGUUGUGAUUUCAAAACAGGAUGUUUUCCUUUUUUUAUUUUUCUUGCAGUUUCUGUAAGAGCCCUCUAAGUCUCUAAGCUCCUGAAGUGUUGAGAGGGUGGCGAUGGUCUAAUGAAGAUGUAAUAAUGUUUUAUCCACUCGGCGGGUGUUUAUUUUUCCUUAUAUUCUCAGAGAGGUUUUAUUGGUUUGGCUCAGUGAUAUUAUAGUUAAAAGUCAUUAGCAGAAGGCGAGGCAAUCUCCACUGACCAUAGAAGUGGGUUGUAUUCUAUCCUGAGCGGAAUAACUGACACGACACUUCCCGUGCUGCUUAGUUUCCUGAUGAGCCCCACGAUGGAGACUUGAAGAUGGAUUUAAGAAGUGAAACAAAUUAGACUAUCAGGUUCUAGUAAACUGUUUCAUGUGUAUACCUUGCUUAAUUUCUGUUCAUUAAUUAAUUUAUAUCCACCCAAUUACAUAAAGGAAAUCUGGAGGAAA